CGGAGGGCAGUGUCUGGAACAGGCGGCUGUGCCCAGUCUGUCUUUUAGGUCUGCCUCCUAUGGCGAGGGUACCAUGUGCAGCGUCCAUGCUGUUACUGCUGGCGCUCUACUCCCCUGGGGUGACCUCCACCCCUGCCCAGCACCUGUGUGGCUCCCACCUGGUGGAUACCCUGUACUUUGUAUGUGGAGAACGGGGCUUUUUCUCCGGUCCGCACCGAGCCCACAAGCGGGAUCUGGAGCAUCUGCUCGGGUUCCUGUCUAAAAGGGCCAGACAGGAGCAGCGGCUGUGGAGGGCUCUGUCUGGCCGCAAAGAGCUCAAGGUGAAGAGAGGCAUCGUGGAGCAGUGCUGCCAUAAGCCAUGCAGCAUUUACCACCUGGAGGGCUACUGCGACUGA